AAUAAUGUCUGAAUCACAGUUUCACAUUGACACGCAUGGACGCAGGGCUGCAUGCUAUUUUCUCACCCACAUGGAAUAGGAAAUAACCUUCAGAUUUCUCCUGUAAAUAAAAACACCAGCCAUUCAGGUUAAAUAUCCGACAAGCUGUGACAGCAGCUCCUGUAAGGUAGAGUUGGAACUGCUGUAACUAGAGGACUGACGGAGAUGGAGGAAGACCCUGUUUAUGACUAUCCAGACCCCCAACCGGUAGGGGAAAAGAGAGCAUGUCCUCAGCGCGGCUCCCUAAAGAGUAUCAGCGUGCUGGACCGACUUCUGCUUACUUAUCCAGUGUGGCUGCAGUUGUCCAUCAACUCAGCCACAGCUCUUCACAUUCUACACCGUGAACCACCUGGGACUUUUCUGGUGCGAAAGUCCAGUACAUCCCAGAAGAAAAUGCUGUGCCUCAGGCUAGCAGAUGACAGCAUGCCAUCUUUUGUCAAACAGUUCAUCAUUCAUGAAAAGGACUCAACCUUCUCUUUGAUGGGUUCAGCCAUCAGUUUUCCAGAUCUCUGCAGACUUAUUGCCUUCUACUGUGUCAGCAGAGAUGUUCUUCCUUUCACUUUGGAGCUGCCAGAGGCCAUAGCCAAGGCUUCAUCCCACAAACAACUGGAAUCCAUCUCUCAUAUGGGUGUGGAGUUUUGGAGUUCCAAUUUAAACUUUCGUGGUCCUCGCAAUGGUCCUUCAUCAGUAACCAAUGCACCUCCACCACCAAAGCCUAAAUCACAAGACUCUACCACGUGUACUAGCACAAGCCCAAGUCUGUUUCAGGAGUUCUGCCCAAUACAAACCAGAAGUCCCUCUGAGCUGGAUUUGGGGGCAGGACAGGGGGCUUUGUGCUUCAUCAACCCACUCUUUCUGCAAGAGCACCCUAUCCGUGGAGCGAUGCUUAAGCGACAUCACUUCAAACGCAGCAUAAAGGUUCGCGUUUCCACUGAGAACUCCAGCCCAUUAUCACCCCCUGUCUCCGCACCACCCCCUCCACCACUUAUCGCAAAAGCCAAGUGUAAAGGAAAGGCUGUAAAGCAGACUGAAGUUGUUAAGGCCUCUACGGAAGAUCAAGAAAUGACAGAAGCUGUCAAGGAAGAUUCAGAUUAUCUGCAUCCCUGUCUCACACUUCCAAAGAAGGCCUCUGCCAUGGUCAUUCCUGUCCUCUCUCCUACUGCUGAGGAGAAGGAUUACCAGCUUCCUAAAGCUUCUCAGCAGACUGAAAAGAAAAUCACUGUUGAGUAUGAAGAGGAAAAUGAGGAUGGCGAGGUAGGACUAAUACUGGAACACAGACAUGCCCCGUCCCUCAGCGAUUUGGACAGCAGCAGUUCCCUCAGCAGUCUUGACGAAGCAGAGGAGAGUCCCGAACGGCCUCCCCUCACACGAGGCACCAGUAACCCUACAAACCCCUCUCCUCCGCCUGCCCACCACUCUGUGUCUGCUUUGCGGAAGAUGAGCGCAGUCUUCAUGUCCUUCUUUGUGCCGGGAAAGAGAGUUACACGGCUGGUAGAGGACCUCUCUUGUAACAGGCGGACAGCAUUCGGGACCCUGAUUCAAGACUUUCUGAGGCAGCAAAGAGAAGAAUUGAAGCCACAGUGUUUGACAUCCUCUGUGAAGCUACUACAGGGCUUGCGACAGUUUAUUAACCAGGCUAAGGUCUUUCUCCUAGAGUGCGGAGAGCUUGAGCCUCCGAUUGAGACACUAGUGCCUGAAGAUGAAAAAGAUCUUUCACUGGAGAAAGCGCUGUUCCGCUGCAUUCUAAAGCCUUUAAAAGGACAAAUUGAUGCAGCACUGCACAACUUGCACGAGCAAGAUGGUUCCUGUAAAAGACUGGCUGAAAGUAUGCAGAGAGCCAGAGAUAGCUCACCACAUGAAUUCUUCGCUGUGCAGGUGCCAGUGCCAGAUUCUAAUGGCAUUGAGAAGAUAAAGCAGAAGAUAGCUCUUAUGAGACAUGUCUAUUCACCAAUUGAUAAAGUAGUUUUGCUUCUGCAGUUCUGUAAGCUCAUCUAUAAAGCCAUGAAGACCAACACUGAGCAACAAUUUGGAGCAGAUGACUUCUUGCCAGUUCUUUCCUAUGUGAUUGUGCAGUGCAACAUGCCUGAGAUAUUUCUGGAAGUGGAAUACAUGAUGGAGCUGCUGGACAACUCUUGGCUCAGUGGAGAAGGUGGAUACUAUCUGACGAGCGUUUAUGCCAGUGUUAGCUAUAUCCAAAGUCAGCCAGAGGCUGUGUCAUCGAGUAAACUUACCCCUCAGGUUAAGGAAUCACUAAAGGAGUGGAGCCACAGGCGUAGCUCUGAAUCCAAAAGCCAAACGGACAUAAAGAUGCAUCAGAGGUUUGUAAAGGUGCUGUUCCAGAAUGGAGAGUGUAGUUUGGUCAAGACUUUGCAGUGGGAAGAAGGCUUCAGCGCAGAAACUUUGGCAAAACUCUGCGCUACCAAGUUUGGAGUGGAAGGGCCUGAAGAGUAUGGCCUGUACUGGAGAAAUGGCGGAAUGUUGGUGCCUCUUCCUCCAGAUGCACAGAUUGAGGAGAGCGCCAGUGGUGCUCCACUUAUCUACCAGCACUCCACGCAGUAUAUAAAGUCCUGUAAGCUGACCAGAGAAGGUGCUUUGGACCUUUCUGGAGAAGCCUCAUAACAUGACGUGAGCUGGUGAUAUACUUUUAGACAAAUUGGCAAACUCUAAGUUAUGUCCAUCUAAAAAGAAGUGAGUGGUUAGCAUAAGCUAAUUAAUUCAAACGGUUGAGCUGUCCUUCGCUUUAAAGUGACAUUAUUUAAUGUGGACUUAUUGCACAGCUGUACUGGUCAUCAUAGUUAAUCAGUACCCACAUGUAUCAAGGUGUAGUUACACAAGGUUUACAAUAAUCAAAUUAUAAUUGCACAUGUACACACAUACACACACAGCAUGCUUAAAGAUCUCUAUCAUCAGAACUUAUUUUUUCUAUACUAUUGUGGAUGUGGUUUUGAAAUUCAAGCACAUUUGAAUUAAUCUUUGUUGUUAAGGUUAUUUGUACUUACUGGUUUUAAAUUAUUACUAUUUAAUUUUAUAUUCGUUAUUGUAAUUAUAUUAUGUUUUGGACUUUUUGGAGGGAAAGCUCCUGUCUGUUCUUACUAAGAGAGCAUUUAGAGAAUCAAAACAUCUUAAAUAGUCUUUUGGGCAAUUGGGUGAAGCAUGUAGAUUGAAAAGGGAGCAAUUUAAAUUAUCAGAGAGCAUUAAAAUGUAAUAUUUUGGCCACUUAGGAGGCACAGGGGUCUAACUCGCAAAACCCUGCCGAGUUCGAAUCCCAGUUGUGCUAUAGACCAGCCGAUUGCCUACACAGACACACAAAUUGGCUGUGUGUCUGUAGAGGGUGGGGACGAUGGUAAAAGCAGAGUUCCUCUGCACUGCUAUGGUCGAGGGAAUCACGGAUGGCAGUGCAAGGCUACUACGCUCCUUGAGACCUCUUACCUUUACAGUGGUUCAACUGGAGGUGGCAGUAGCAACUAAAGAGAUUGGAUUAAAAAUUAAUGAAAAAAGAUGAUUAAUAUAUAACAUCUUUUAAAUGCUAACAUUAAAAUCAGGUUUACUUAGUCACAGUCCUCGGUUUUCCUAAUAUUUUUUAUAUAUGACUUUAUAGGUUGUAUAAAAUCAUUGGGGGUUUGUGAUAUUAGUAAUCGUAGCUUCUGCAAAAUCAAAAUGUUAUAGACUUUGUCGCUGUAAAAUAAAGACUGAUGUGAUUGUAGAUGAAAAGUAUGGCUAUGCUUAAUAAGCAAAAGAACACAAAAUGGAGCAUGCUAGCACAAAUAACUGACUAAUUUGAUUGCAGAUAUGAGUGUGAUAUUUACAAUAAUGCACAACCUCUGGAACCUCUGGAAGAGUAAAAAAUAAAGCAGACAUUGUUAAAAACG